GACUUGGAUCACAUUAUGGAGGAAGGUUAUGAACUUGACCUCACUUACAUCACAGAGCGGAUUAUUGCUGUAUCCUUCCCUGCUGGUUGUUCUGAGGAAACUUACCUCCACAAUCUACAAGAAGUAACACGAAUGCUCAAAUCCAAACAUGGUGAUAAUUAUUUGGUAUUAAACCUCUCUGAAAAGAGGUAUGACCUUGCCAAGCUUAACCCAAAGAUUAUGGAUGUGGGGUGGCCUGAUCUCCAUGCUCCACUUCUUGAUAAGGUGUGCACCAUCUGCAAGGCUAUGGAGUCCUGGCUGGACAAUGAUCCUCAACACGUGGUGGUGAUCCAUUGCAGAGGAGGAAAAGGAAGAAUAGGUGUGGUCAUAUCAUCGUAUAUGCACUUUACCUAUGUUUCUGCAAGUGCUGAUCAGGCUCUAGACAGAUUUGCUAUGAAGAAAUUCUUUGAUGAUAAAGUUUCAGCUUUAAUGCAGCCGUCCCAAAGAAGAUAUGUGCAGUUCUUAAGUGGCCUUCUAUCUGGAUCUGUGAAAAUGAAUGCAACCCCUCUUUUCCUGCACUAUGUUAUCCUUCAUGGCAUCCCAAACUUAGAUGCUGGGGGAGCUUGUCGGCCUUUUUUGAAGUUAUACCAGGCUAUGCAACCAGUUUAUACAUCUGGAAUAUAUAGCAUAGGGUCAGAAAAUCAAAAUCGAAUCUGCAUUGCUAUAGACCCUGCCCAGCUUUUGAAGGGGGAUAUUAUGAUGAAGUGUUACCACAAAAAAUACAGGUCAGCUACUCGUGAUGUGAUUUUUCGCCUUCAGUUUCACACUGGAGCUAUUCAAGGAUAUAGCUUGGUGUUUGGCAAAGAAGAUUUGGAUAAUGCCAACAAAGAUGACCGUUUCCCUGAUUACAGCAAGGUGGAAUUAGUGUUUUCAGAAACUCCAGAGAAAAUUCAAGGAUGUGAACACCUUCAGAAUGAUCAUGGAGUAAUAGUUGAUUACAAUACAUCGGACCCACUAAUACGCUGGGACUCCUAUGAAAAUAUGAGCCCUGAUGGGGAAGUGCUGCAUACCCAAGGUCCCAUUGAUGGCAGUCUGUAUGCAAAAGUGAGAAAGAAGAGCUCUUCAGAUAGCAACAUCCCUGGUGUUGCUCAGGGUGUUCAUGUUACAGGCAGUCCUGAUCACAGUGAUCAUACCCUGUCUGUCAGUAGUGAUUCAGGACACUCCACAGCUUCCGUCAGAACAGACAAGACUGAGGAACGCCUUGUCCCAGGAGGUAAACGGGGUUUGAGCCCACAAGAAAAGGCAGAACUGGACCAACUACUUAGUGGCUUUGGUCUAGAGGAUUCUGUCAGCACCACCAAGAAUAUGACUGAUGCUCAAAGCAAAUACAGUGCUACUCACCACAUAGUACCAGGUCAAGUCAGCAUGAAUGAAGUCACCAAAAUAAAGGACAGGGAGACUGAUAUUCUGGAUGACGAAAUGCCUAAUCAUGACCUUCACAGUGUGGACAGCAUUGGGACUUUGUCUUCCUCAGAAGGGCAGCACUCCACCCACCUAGGGAACUUCAGUUGCCACAAAAGCAGUCAGAACUCACUUCUUUCAGAUGGCUUUGGAAGUAAUGCUGGGGAAGAGCAUCACAAUGCUUUUGCUGCAGACCUGGGAAUUGGUGUGGAUUCCUUCUAUGAGAGAUCAUUUGGAAGCACUGAGCCAAAGUCAACUGAACAAUUGCAACAGAAUCCUUCUGUCUCACCCCAUCCACAAGCCUAUGGCCCAAGUAACUACUCCACUCAGACCUGGGUACGCCAGCAGCAGAUGGUCACUGCUCACCAAUAUGGUUUUGCCCCAGAGAAUGAAAUUAGAGUUGGUAUUCAUAGCACUGUGGAAAAUUUGGGCAGUGUCCAGAGCCAGUCCCAAGUCCCAGAUGCCCCAACACGUGGCUCUAGCAGCAGAGAUGCUGUGCAGAGAGGGCUAGGAAGCACACAGGGUGCUGCAGAAGCUGAAGAACAUGCAAGUGCUGACAGUUUUAAGUCAAGGCAAAUGCCUCAGCGGAACACAAAUGGCCUGGAUUUAGGACAAAAUGCUGGGGACUUAGCAGCUUCUCCAACUUUGGAUAUUGAUCAGUCUAUUGAACAAUUGAACAGGCUGAUCUUGGAGUUAGACCCUACAUUUGAACCUAUCCCAACCCGCAUUAACACUCUCACCAGUGACAGAAAACAAGUAAAUGGCUUCAACAGCCUUGAUGUACAUAUGAAUAGUAGUUCUGGCUUCCAUGACAAAUUAGAGGUCACAAACAGGAAUCCCUCCGGACAUGGUAUGCAAGAUGGUGAUGCAGCAGGGAAAAGGCUCAGAAAGUUAAGUGUUGGGCAGUAUGACAAUGAUAUUCCUGGAGAGCCAUCAUAUAACAGGUGUGCAUGGAUGAAGUCUCCUGCUAGUCACCAGGCUGUAAUUCCAGGAUCACCAGUUGCUGGAGGGAAAACCAAGGAGAUGAUUGGUGUGCAUUACCAAGAUGAAGUAGAUGGGGGAAUCUUCUCCACAAUAAAAAAAGCAAACGAAGCUGUCACGUUCACAUCAGCUUUUCCCCUGUCACCAGAGAUGACAUACGUGACAACAUCUCCGCUAUGCCAUCAGCAGAUUCCCUCCAGUCAAAAGGUCAGGAGCCCAUCUGAGUUGUACAGAACCACUCCUGAAUCUCAAAGUUACACGGAAGCCAUUAACCUCUCUAUGGUGAUGUCUGACAGCACCGUGGGCACUAACUCUUCUUUGCUGAGGGCCAACAUGCAGACUGAUCCCUCCUUUCAGCGCUGCUUUGCGUCUUCAUGUACUGUUGCAAGUAGCAGUCCUAUCCCAGGGACAGAAAGUUCUUCUGCAGCAGAAUGUCCUUGGCUUGAAAGCAACUCUAAUGCUUCCCUGUCGACCCAGUUUUCAAUGGGAAAUACCAGGCAGCCAGGAGGUUACCUCGUGCCCUCUGAAUUUUCAAGUGCUGUGCAGGAUGUCUCUCUCCUUUCUCAUUUCCAAACUCCAGGACUGCAAGUUGUCACCCUGAGCAACCUGGAGAGUUCAUCAGCAGAGCCACACCAAGAACAUGAUAGCAGCAGCAGUGGCCGUGCCUGCCUGAGCUACAGCAUGGGUACCAGGGACAGGAGUUCCCCCCGAGAGGAGAGACAAGCUACUCGCAUAGCCAAUGCUGGCACGUCUAAAACCCCGAGCUCAUCAGUGGCAAGUGCUGAUGACAAUGACUUUUUGACACAGAACUUUCUUACAGUGGCCCCUGGACACAACAACCAGAACAGUGCAGUUCCACAUUACCAUGAAGGGAACCUACAUGCUCAACCACCUCUUCCAGAGAAGAAGAGGUCCUCUGAAGGGGAGCGUUCCUUUGCCUCUGUAUCACCUUCUUCAAGUGGCUUCUCUAGUCCUCACAGUGGAAGCACAAUCAGCAUUCCCUUCCCAAAUGUCCUCCCAGAUUUCUCAAAAAUGUUAAGCCCUUCCCCAGUGCCAGAAAACACAGCUGAUAAACAUGUGACCGUAAAAUUUGUUCAGGACACAUCCAAGUUCUGGUAUAAGCCAGACAUUUCAAGAGAACAAGCCAUUGCUGUUCUCAAGGAAAAAGAACCUGGGUCUUUCAUUGUUCGAGACAGUCAUUCUUUCCGGGGAGCCUAUGGCCUAGCAAUGAAAGUUGCCACACCACCUCCUUCUGUGCUGCAGUUAAAGAAAGUUGGAGAUUUGUCAAAUGAACUUGUAAGGCAUUUUCUGAUUGAAUGUACUCAGAAGGGGGUACGCUUGAAAGGAUGCCCAAAUGAACCAUAUUUUGGGAGUUUGACAGCUCUAGUGUAUCAGCAUUCCAUCACUCCACUGGCAUUGCCCUGCAAGCUCCUCAUCCCAGACAGAGAUCCCUUGGAGGAGAUAGCAGAAACUUCUCCACAAACUGCUGCAAACUCAGCUGCGGAGCUUCUCAAACAGGGUGCAGCUUGUAAUGUGUGGUACCUGAAUUCAGUGGAGAUGGAGUCCCUGACAGGUUACCAGGCAGUACAGAAAGCCUUGAGCCUGACGCUGAUGCAAGAUCCUUCUCCUAUCUCAACUGUUGUCCAUUUCAAGGUGUCUGCUCAGGGAAUCACACUGACAGAUAAUCAAAGAAAACUCUUUUUUCGGCGACAUUAUUCAGUCAACACUGUUCUUUUCUGUGCUUUGGAUCCACAAGACAGAAAGUGGAUGAAAGAUGGCCUUUCUGCAAAAGUGUUUGGGUUCAUUGCCAGGAAGCAAGGCAGUGCCACAGACAACGUAUGCCACCUGUUUGCAGAGCAUGAUCCGGAACAACCUGCCAGUGCCAUUGUGAACUUUGUAUCAAAGGUCAUGAUUGGAUCCCAGAAGAAGAUCUGA